AUGUUCCCACCGUCUUUCAAUGACCCUUGGCCACCCUCGGCAACAAGCCUGGCUUCGGCGCGGGCCAGCCUGUCCGAAGGUAUCAAAACUGCUGAAACUCUCGCUCAACGCAAGGCCCUGGCGGAAGCGAGGUUGACCAAGAUGGUCGCGGAUGCACAGGCGGUCAUUAACGAGCUGGCUCGGGAGGAGACUGCUGUGCAAGAGGGAAUAAUCAACAUGAAGGCCUAUCUUGCACCUAUCCGACGCCUCCCUGGCGACGUUCUCAAUGAGCUAUUUGCGUGGUGUUUUGAGGACCAUCCGUGUGUAGGCUGGGUUCUGGCGGCUGUUUGCGCAGCGUGGAGACGACAGGCGCUUGCUAUCCCGCGGUUGUGGACGAAGAUUCGACUGGUAACCAACCAGAGCGCAUCUCCCGAGACCUUGCGGCUGUGGCUUGAGCGGUCAGGUCCGACAGCACCGCUGGAUAUUGAGGUCUACCUCCGAGUAGUGCAUGCUUCGGGUGAAACAGCACCACCUCCCCCUCCUACAAACCAAUAUCGUGGUCGUCGUAGACACGACUUUCCCAUUUCAUACCCCCCACCACCUCUUGCGCAGCCAGUCUCUGGCGUCCAAGAAUCCCCUCAUUUCACUCCCCAUGCAGUCCCUCCUGUUAUUCCACAGCAUCCGUCAUGGGACGCUCCUUCUCCUCGUCCGUCAGUUUCUCCAACAGAGGCUCAUUGGGGGCAUGUCGCCAUUUUCUAUCUCAUUAACCAGAUGCAUCGCUGGGAACGUUUCAUAUUUCGUUUCGAGAAGGGAUUUGCCUCGUUGGGUUCUCUCAGGUCUAUCUCGGGCAGCGCUCCAUUCCUGAAGGAAUUCGAGGUAUCUUGCGCAACGCCGGGCUACUUUUCGGCAGACUGGUCAUGGUCACCCACAGCACUGCCAAAUUCCCCAGUAUCAUUCCCGUCUCUCGAGUCACUCGCAUUACAAUACACGCCUUUCCGCCCCACAUCAUCGCUCUUUGUUCAUCCUGCCAGUCAUCUCCAUACAUUAUCACUGCGAGCCCUUCCAGGAGCGACUAUACCUCUUGAUCAGCUUAUGGCCAUCCUCAAGGCAAAUCGGUCUUCCCUCAUCAUUCUCCGAUUGCAUUUCGCGGCUCUUGCACCAGCAGUAUUGCCGUUGCCAGGUGCUCCCCUCGUUCACAACAAUCAUCAUCAUCACAACCACAACCAUUUGAGCGGACUAAACCCGGCCAACCAACUGACGCUUUCAUCCCUCGAAGAGUUGUAUUUCGGCGGGUAUCAUCUGCUCACAGGCUUAAUUGACACGCUGGUGACACCGUCCCUGACGAGCCUGGAGGUAGACGUGGAUAUUGCAAGGGAUCCGAUCGAGGACACGAUCGUAGGUCUUGUGGCGAGGAGUGUAGGAUGUACCCUCAAGGUGCUUAGCAUCGGGUAUGGAGCUGGUGGUUCUAUGUUGCGAGAACAAAUGGGUCAAACGCGAUCGGGGUUAUACACUUCCGGAAAACCUUCCGGCAACAAAAACACCCCGUCUUCGGUCCAGCACUCUCUUGCAGUUUCCUCGCCCCCGUCCGCCCACAGUGGCUCGGCCUUGAUUGCAUGGAACUUCCUCAGCGAUGUUGGUGCUAAUAUUGAGAUCCUCAAGGUCGGAGGUGGUGCUAUAGAUGGCUUACUCAAUGCGCUAGCGAGUCCGGAUGACGGAGGUGGGGGCGGGCCCAACCCAUUCUGGGGUGGUGCUGGCGGGGGAAUGUUUGGUGGGCUGGGUAUAGGAACUGGGUGGCCACCACCUCCACCACCGAUAAACCCGUCGUUCGUGGUCAGUCCUGCUGGGAAUCUGAUACCUAUGACGGUGCCACUCGCUGGUGGACUGACGCUGCCACCAAUUACGCUGGUCCAACCAGGAACUCAAAUGGUGGGCAUUGGUAUCAAUGUUGUUCCGAAUCCCGCCGCGAAUGCGACAACUGCGACAACAACAACAGCAGCGCAACCCGGAUCUGUCACGAUUUUGCCUGCCCUGCCCCCACCGCCCAGUCUGCCUACCCUCCCACCGUUGAUCAACACCUUCAAUGGUAUCAAUGGUAUGAACGCGCCGGGAUGGCUUUGUCCAAAGCUGCGUGGGCUCUACCUUCGCGGAUGUGCGGGGCAUCACACGCAGACUUCUUCGACACCACUGCACUCGCCACAUUUGCAUCACCCGCAUUACGUGUCGCCGUAUGGCCAUCACAACGGGCCUCCUGUUGUGCUAGGAGUCAACCACGGCUUGGGGUUUGCCGCAGCCUCCAGCGCGGGCAGCCUGGGCAUCGGGACCAGCGCAAACGGAGGUAGCAGUCCCAGCUCGAGUUAUGGCGGAUUUGGCGCCGGCAUGGACGGUGUGAUGCGUCUUGUGAAGGUCAUUGAUGCGCGGAAUCCGCCGGGUCCGCCAGUGGGCAGCUGGGGCGGGGGUGCCAGCGCGGUCCAGAGGCUCGAGCGGCUCGAGAUGGAGGAUUGCGCGGGCCUUGGGGACGAUGUCGUCAGAUGGCUGCAGGAUCGCGUGGGCAGGGACAAUGUGUGGACUUGUGUUACUGGGACGGCUUGA